AUGGAAGAUAUAGAGCUGCUAAAACUCCCUCUCGCGUUCCAGAACGGCUCCGCCCGUCUUCUCACUGGGGACCUGGUCGUGCGAGACAUUGAGCGCUGGUGUGAUCGAAAAGCCGACAAAGGUGGCGUCAAGCCAGUCAUGGCCGUUGUCUAUUUCAACACAGGCGCAGAUGCAAUAGACUACGUCAAGAUCAAAGCCCACGUUGCUGCACGGGCUGGCGUCAGCUAUUGGGUAUAUGAAAUGCCCGUCGAUGCAUCAACAACACAGGUCAUGACUCAAGUCAAAAAGCUGAACAAGAACCCUCGAAUCCACGGCAUCCUGAUACAGCGCCCAUUGCCUCGCCAGUUAAAUGAGCCAGAGGUUAUGAGAUCCAUCAAUCCUAUCAAGAACAUUGAGGAAUACGCCAAAGGCCGAGCGAACAAUAUUGCUGCAGACGCCUUGGUCCGCUUGUUGACAAAGUAUGGACUACGGGAGUCGGCACAGCAGGCCAGGAUCCAGAUUGUCGGUUUUGGGAAUAUUAUUACAAAAGAGUUCAUCAAGCAGAUGAAGAGCCAAUUUCCCUACAUGGAAGUCGAGGCGCCACGCGAUUCCAUAAUUAUCUCGGAACUGCAUCGCGGACCUGGCUUCAUCAAAUCAUCCAUGGUUAAGUCGGAAGUUAGUGUUCUUGUUGAUCUUGGCUUCUAUGUUACAGAAAAGGGCGUUCUCGGCGAUGUGAGUCAUGUUCUCUUUGACAGGAGUAGUCUAGCAAUUGCACCAACACCGGGCGGAGUACUACCUAUCUUGUUGUGGAUUAUGAUGGAGAGGACAAUUAAGGCGAAGAACUUGACUAUGAAGGAGGAGAUGCAAGGUUGCUAUUGCAUGGCUAUAAUAGAAAGAAGAAGCAUGUAUCCUGGAACUACAAGUGCAUAA